GCUUUCCGAAACCAAACUCGCUCGCUCGACGGCGGAAGGUGUGUACGUUGAGGAGCGGCGCCGAUGACACCGGAUUGACAAGCGAUUGGCCAACGGAUUCGCCGGUUUGACGCACUCGUCGCCGGAUGAUGUGAAUCGCACCCUCGCACCGUCGUCUGCCGAAUCCACCACAGCGUCAUCUUUGUUGCAGUGCGAACAGCGUUUUCGCAAAAGCAGCCCCCAAAUAAUUUUCUCCAGCACCGAAGCCACACAACCGCAACAAUUAUUCCGAACCUCGCGUCGGUGGCCGCACAUCGUCGGAAUUGUCGCGCAGAAACGAGCCGCGUCUUCGGAGACCCGCGCCAUCACUUGUCGCCUGCACCCUUUGCCGGCCGUAUUAUGGUGCUGACCGCCCAGCAAAUGGUGACCAGUUCGACCAUGCUGCCCCCGCCGGCCCCCACGUCGCGGCCCCCAAAACUGUCGGCCAUCAAGCACGAGCCUGAUGAGGAGGCGCCGCCGCCUGUCGGAGGGCCGGUUCUCGAGGAGGCCACCAGCUCUAUUCCUGAUCUCGAAUUUGACGGAACCACAGUAUUAUGCAGAGUUUGUGGCGACAAAGCUUCAGGAUUCCACUACGGAGUUCACUCCUGCGAAGGAUGCAAGGGCUUCUUCAGGCGCAGCAUCCAGCAGAAAAUCCAGUACAGGCCGUGCACCAAAAAUCAGCAGUGCUCCAUUCUGCGGAUAAACAGAAACCGCUGCCAGUAUUGCCGGCUCAAGAAGUGCAUCGCAGUCGGCAUGAGCCGUGACGCCGUGAGAUUCGGGCGCGUGCCCAAGCGCGAGAAGGCCCGCAUUUUGGCCGCCAUGCAGCAGAGUUCGAGUUCGAGGUCGCACGAAAGGGCCGUGACGGCCGAGCUCGAGGACGAAGGACGCCUCAUGACCACGGUGAUACGCGCCCACAUCGAAACGUGCGACUUCACGCAGGACAAGAUCAGGCCCGUCCUGCAGCAGGCUCGCGAAAAUCCUAGCUUCUGCGCACCCUCGACCUUGGCAUGUCCUCUCAACCCUCAUGCCGCCCCCCUGAACGGUGCGCAGGAGGCCCUACAAGACUUCUCGGCCCGCUUCUCGCCGGCCAUCCGCGGCGUGGUCCAGUUUGCAAAACGCCUGCCCGGAUUCGCCCUCCUAGCUCAAGCAGACCAGGUGACUUUGCUCAAGGCUGGAGUCUUCGAGGUGCUGCUGCUUCGCCUCGCGGCAAUGUUUGAUGCUCAGUCUGGUCGGCUAGUGUGUCUGAACGGUCAGGUGUUGUCGCGCGAUUCUGCACGUUUGUCAGCAUCAAACGCGCGCUUCCUGGUCGACUCGAUGUUCGAUUUUGCCGAGAGGCUCAACGGCCUGGGACUGAGCGACGCCGAAAUCGGGCUGUUCUGCUCGGUGGUGGUGAUCGCGCCCGACAGGCCCGGCCUGCGCAACGUCGAGCUGGUCGAAAAGAUGCACCGGCGGCUCAAGAGCGCCCUGCAGCGGCUGGUCGGCGAGACCCACGGCGACAACGCGUCCGCCGUCCUCGAGCAGCUGUUCGCAAAGGUGCCCGACUUGCGCACCCUCAACACCCUGCACUCUGAAAAGCUGCUCGCCUUCAAGAUGACCGAGCAGCAGCAGGACAACACCAGCAGCAACUGGGCUAGUCAGGAGACGUCGAGCAGCAGCAGCGUCGAGUCCGAGGAGAUGAGUCCCUACUCCGAGUACCAACAGUCCUCCUCCUCCUCCACGUGUCCGUACAAAAUGGAAGGAUCUCCCCCGUCGACCGACGAGUCGUGCGAAAAGGUUUGCAGUCUGAAAAGGCGCGGUUCCACGGUCAGUAUGUACGAGCCGAACCCCAAGUACGCGCGCAAGAUCCCCGAGUCACCCCCCUCAGACUCGGGCAUCGAGUCCGGCACUGAAAAGCUGGACAAGUUUUCGGAAACGUCCGUGUGCAGCUCGCCACGAUCCUGCGCCGACGUGUCCGAGGAGCCGCCCACGGCCUUCCCCGAGGACAUGCCGGUGCUGAAGAGGGUGCUGCAGGCGCCGCCCCUCUACGACACCAACUCGCUCAUGGAGGCGGCGUACAAGCCGCACAAGAAGUUCCGCAGGCCCAUUCCAGGCGAGGAGACGACGACCUCGUCCUCGCCGGCGCCACCCCCUGCGGCGCCCAGCCCCUCGGCGGCGCCGUACAAACCGGUCAGCCUCAGCGCCACCCACACCAUGCUGGCCCGAUCUCUGGCCGAGUCGCCGAAACUCACCCCCGAGCAGAUCAAGCAGGCCGAGGUGAUCCAGAACUUCAUCAUGCAGGAGCCGCCGACGUCGUGGCCGCCGCACCAGGCGGCCACCGGCCAGACCUCGGUCAUCAUGAGCAGCAAGGCCGUCGCCUCGACUGAGUCCCAACAACCGCUCAACCUCUCGAUCAAGAUGUAAACAAAAAACUUUUCUUCUGCCGGCGGUUGCUGCUGCUUUCUGACUUUCCGCGGACUCUGAUAUAGAAAAUGCAGUUUUCUUUCAAUUCAGUUAUAUAUUUUUUUUCUUGUUCUCCGCGAUUAUUAUAUAUUGAUUAUUUUUAUGUGCCAGAUGACGAAGAGUGCAAUUUUUCACUUCCUAAGACCAAAUACUGACUUUUUAAAUUAAGUAAUUAAUUGCUCGAGUUUAAGGUCGCCGUACUGCUGUUGUAAAAUUAAUUUGAUAUUUUUUAAAUGCGUUGACAGUUUGAUUGCGAUGAUUUGACUAGUGUACAUGUACAAAGCAAGUUAUUUUUCGUCAAGAACCCUAUCAGCACCUCCUUUUAAUUAUUAUUAUUAUUAUAUCGUCUCGUCUCAUUUUAAACUCUGUGUAAAUUAUUACACUUUCCGUUAUUUACUAAUAGCAAAUCGUCCGAUUUUCAAAAUUCGCAGACUCUCAAAUUUGGAAAAAGCGAUUUAGUGCAAUGCUGUAAAUAUCGUAAUUAUUAUCAUAAUUAUAAAUAAUAUCUGUAGGCAUGCGAUAAUGUCUGAUAAUAUUAUGUAUUUUCCCCAACGCGAGUUUGAAAAACUCGAAUGCAAACUUUUUAUUAAUAAUAGAGUAAUAAUUGAAUGUAAUCGUAAACACACACACACGCGCGACUAAAAACCAAAUCGUCAAUUUUUGGUUUUAAAACUUAAUAAUUGAUACUUGAUGAUGAAGAAGAACACACACAUUAACACACACACACUACAUAGCAAAUCACAAACACAUGUACACACAAACACACACAGCUCGUAAAUUCAAAUCCACCCCAAUAAUGUAGCGAAAUUUCGGGAUAUUGUACAUAUGGACUUUUCGAAACCAAAAACUAAUCUAACUCUGUCUAAAAAUAGAGGAUUUGAGUUUUGAUAGAGAAAGUAAGAGAGAGAGAAAAAAGUUUCGAAUCAUUCUGACUGCGUCCGGGGAAACCCUCCGGGUGAUGCACGAUGACAUUUUUUACAAAAAUCUUCUUCACAAAAAUGAAAAGUCUGUGUAGCGUUUAGUAGUUAAAGCAGUAAUUAACUAAUUCGUAAUUAAAUCCUAGACAAUUAAUUAAUUAAUGUGUAAUUGCGAAAAAAGAACUCAUCUCUCGACCGUAUUAAAAACGCAAAUCAAAUCGGUUAUUUAGUUGAUUAAUUAAUUCUUUGUGAUAAUCGUUGAUUAUUAUUUAAUGUCUACAUUACUUCCUCCAAUCAGCAGCUAUAUAUUUUCCACUUUUUCAAAAGUCGUUUUCAUCUCUUGUGUUGAUUUGUUUAUUAUUGAAUUCUAUAUUUGCAUUCUAAACACACAGCGAGAUACGAAUUUUAUAUACAACUUCCUCUAUGCUGUAUAACUCUUUAAAAAGUAAUUCAUCCAUUAUUAAUAGAAGAAAAAAUCGAUCUACUCUCAAUGUGAACCAACAACCGAAAUACCUGGACAGGCGGUCUCUCCGCGAACGCGCCCAAGCCCAAAAAAGUUUAUAAAUCGGAACACGUAAAAUAAAUUUGAUCACUUUUAUAUCUUUAUCACGUUGAACAAGUACAAAAAAUAACAUCUUUCUCAUCUCGCGAGCUGUGGCGCGUCCGCGGAAACUUUGUCAGGACCAAUUUUGCAAUGAUUGUGCAGUAUUCUAUAUUCUCCCCCAUGAUAAUAGAUUUUUCCACAAUCGCUUCUAUACCCUUCUUCUGUUAUUUUCUACGAACCCGCUUUCUAAUUUAUGCCUUUUUGUUACACGAUAUAAAUGUUAAGGUUAAAAUUUUAAUGAUGACGAGUAAAAAAAAAAUUACGACGAGAUAUAUUUUUGUUAGUCUGAAAUUCUAAUUGACGGAAAAUACUUUGGAUUAUUUUCUUAGCCCACCUACUUGAAAAAUCAUCCUGCGAAAGUGGAACAUUUUUUGAGCUAUAAAUGAAUUGUGCGAACUUUUUUGAGAGUGACUGCCGCUUUUUUGUGUACGACGCUAAUAAAAACCAAGCAAGCAAUGGAUGCGCGCGCGUAAAAAAAUUGUAAGCUACAAUAAAUGGUUUUUAGGGGAAUAUUUGUGAGUGCAAAAUGCUGCAGAAAGAAUGCGCUGUUUCAUUGUUUUCUUUUUUAUAAUAAAUAGAAAAUGUGAAAAAAAUAAUGUAAUAAUUUUAAGUUGGUAUAAUGACUGUUUAUUGUGGUCAAUAAAAUAUGGUAAUUUUAAAUUAAAAAAAAAA